CAGAGUCCUUAUAACUUUUAGGCAAAUAUGGACAGAAUUUUGAACUAAAAUACGCAAUAUUUUGUUUGAUAAAGAAACUUCCAACCGUUUCUGUUUUUAUGUUAUGCUGGUUACAGUAGCUUCACCUUUGCUAUUUGUGUAAAAAGCAUUUGAAUGAAUCUGCAAAAAAUUUCACCUUUUUGGGUUGUGAUUCAUUGCCAGCUAGUGGUUCAGUGAAGAUAAUCUUGUGAGCUUUUUAUUCUGAAUAGUUUGGUAAUUCAAUUGGAAAAAUUUGUGUUCUUUGUUUUGGGAACCAUUGAUGGACAUUAGCUUGAAUUGGAAAAACCCAGUUGAAAUGGAAAAGGGGAAAAAAAAAGGAAGAAUUUUUAUUGGUUAAUUUUUGUUAAAUUUCAGAGGGAUUAUUUUGUGUGAGGAAAUUAUACUAUAUAAAGGGUGUUUGAGGAUUCAUUUUGUAUUGAGAUUUGUGUUUUGGGUUUGAGGGUUGUGAUGUGAUGGAGGAAGGUCAUAGCAGUUCCAAUUCUAUGCCUCCUUUCUUGUCCAAGACUUAUGAGAUGGUUGAUGAUCCUUCAACUGAUACCAUUGUUUCAUGGAGUGUCACCAAUAGGAGUUUCAUUGUUUGGAAUCAACCAGAUUUUGCAAAGGAUUUGUUGCCCAAAUACUUUAAGCAUAAUAACUUCUCAAGCUUCAUCAGACAGCUCAACACCUAUGGCUUUAGAAAAGUUGAUCCAGAGCAAUGGGAAUUUGCAAAUGAUGAUUUUGUAAAAGGUCAACCACAUCUUAUGAAGAAUAUCCAUAGGCGCAAACCGGUUCAUAGCCAUUCUUUGCAGAAUGUCCAUGGCCAAGGGGCUGCUGCUCCUCCAUUAACAGAAUCUGAACGGCGGAAUUUGAAAGGCGAGAUUCAAAUACUUAAACAUGAUAAACAGCAACUUCUUCUGGAAUUUCAGAGACAAGAACAGGAGCAGAACAUCAAUGAGAUAGAUUUACUUUGCCUGAAGGAUAGGUUGGAAAACUUGGAACAGAAGCAACAAAACAUGCUGUCUUCUGUUUCUCAAGUGCUGCAGAAACCUGGUGUUGAAUUAAGUCUCUAUCCACUUACAGAGAACACGGAGAGAAAACGAAGGUAUCCGAGAAAUAGUUCCUUUAGUGAUGAAGCUAGCAUUGAAGAUCCUAUUGAAAUUUCUCAAAUGUUAUGUGGAGAAAACGCUGAUAGUACAUCUGUUCUCUCAUUAAGCAUGGAACGAUUGGAUCUGCUCGAUUCGUCCAUAAUGUAUUGGGAGAAUAUUAUGCUCGAUUUGGGUGAAGCUUCUUUUCAAAGUCAUUCAAACAUAGAUUUUGAUGAUUCUAUUAAUUGUGCAGAUAGUCCGGAUAUAUCUUGUGUACAACUAGAUUUUGAAGUUCUGCCCAAGUCACCAAUGAUCGACGUGAACCCUGAGCCUGCUGUAGCCGUUGUUCCCUAUCCUGUUGCAUCAGAAGAACAACCUGCAGCAACAGCCCCUGUGACUACUGGUGUUAAUGACGUAUUUUGGGAACAAUUCUUGACAGAAAAUCCUGGUUCGAACGAAACUAGUGGAAAGAAUAAUGAAGGUAAGCCUGGUGAACAGGACCAAUUUUGGUGGGACUAUAGGAAUAUAAUUAGAUAAACUUCCAAAACAGAUGGAGAAUUCUUAAUCAAACAGAGAAAACUGUGGAAAGUGAUUAUUCCUUUUAGCUUUUGAUAAUUUUGGCUGUAGGUAUGCAUAUGGUUGGCUCUGCUAUAUAUGCAUAACCCCUAGUUUUGGUUGAAUGUUAUCAUGAACUAUACAGUUUUUUUAGGCAUUUAUUUUACUCUUACCUAGUUUUGGACUGGUUGAAUUGUUGGCUAUGCUAUAUAUGCAUAAUCCUUAGUUUUGGACUUUUUGGUUUGAUGUUAUCAUCUAUUAUAGAAUUUAUUCAAAGAUGUUACUCAAAUUAGUUUAUCAAA